UAUUUAUUAAAUUUUACAAAAAUACAUCUAAAUAAAUUUUUCAUUCAAACAUAUAAUUUUUUUGGAGAGAAUUCUGAAUUUAAUUACUUUAAAAUGCUGACUCAACAAUUAAUUUUUAACAAGGAAAAUAUUCAGGAAUUGAAUCUAAGAAAUAGUUUAGUUGGAGAUUUUUAUGGUAAAAUAUUAUUGGAAUGUAUUAAAGAGAAUUGUAACAGGAUAUCAAAAUUGAAUUUAGAAAAUUGUGGAUUUACAUCUGAAAUUGGAAAUAUUAUUGGAGAAGUAAUUGGUCAACAAAAAAAUCAUUUAAAAGAAAUAAACUUAAAAAGUAAUAUUUUAAAAUCAACUAUUGGACAAUGUAUAUUUGAGAAUAUUCAACAAAAUUGUUGCCAUAUUAUGAUUUUGAAUGUUGCAAAUUGUAGAUUUACAUCAAAAAUUGGUACUGUUUUUGGUGAUGCAAUUGGAAAACAAAAAGAAUUAAGAGAGUUGUAUAUAUGUAAUAAUUGUCUAGAUGAUUGUAUUGGAAAAAAUCUUUUUUUCAAUAUCAAAGAGAAUUGUAAUAAUAUUUCUCAUCUUGAUUUCGAAUCUUGUGAAUUCACAUCAAAAAUUGGAAAUAUAUUAGGUAAUGCUAUUGGUAAACAAAAGAAUUUAGUCUUUAUCAAUGGAUCCGAAAAUGAACUUGGAGAUUAUGUUGGAAAAAAUAUUUUUUAUAAUAUAAAGGAAAAUUGUAGUCUUCUACUCACCAUUAAUUUUUGGAAUUGUGGAUUUACACCGGAAAUUGGAAAUAUUCUAGGAGAUGCAAUCAGUCAACAAACUAAUAUUCAACAUCUUUUACUUUACAACAAUGAAUUUGGAGAUGAUGUUGGAAAAAAUAUAUUUUUGAACAUAAGAGAAAAGUGUUCAAAUAUAUUAACACUUGGUUUUGAUGCGUGUGGAUUCACAUCUGAAAUUGGAGAGAUUCUACGGGAUGCAAUUUAUCAACAAAAACAUCUUCAAAAUCUAGUCAUCAAUGAUAAUCAAUUAGGCAAUAUUGUAAUUAACAAUUUAUUAAAGGUUGUUGCGGAAAACUGUAAAAAUAUUUCAGCGAUCGACAUUGGAGAUUGUGCACCAACUACAACAACUUCACAGAGCGUUAUAGACGUUAUUAAUAAUGAUAAUUGCCUAGAAGAACUCAGUAUUAAAAAUGCCAUUUAUGAGUUUGAUUGUGCAAAAGAUAUAUUCUUAAAUAUUGGAAAUAGUGGUAAGAAUUUUUAUAGCCUAUGCUUUGGAAAUUGUUAUUUUCAUCCAGGAUUAACAGCUAUACUUACUGAUGGUAUCAUUAAACAAGAUAGAUUAAGAGAACUAUAUCUAUGGGAAAUUAGAUUGGGCAAUGAAGGCUGGAAAUAUGUUUUAUUAAAUUUGAAAAAUAACUGCCCCAACAUAUCCACCUUGGAUUUAUCUAAUAGUGGAAUUACUUCAGAUAUUGGAAAUGUUUUGGGUUAUGUAAUUAAAAAAAAGAAAUUUUUGAAACAAUUAUAUCUUUGGGAUAAUUAUAUUGAAGAUGAUGUUGGAGAACAUUUAUUUCAUUGUAUAAAAGAGACUCAUCAUACUAUAACACUUUUAAAUAUUGAUAAUUGUGGACUUACUUCAAAUAUUGGUAAUAUUUUGGGUGAUGCUAUUGGUCAACAGCAUUGUCUUAAAGAAUUAUUGUUAGGUAAUAAUCAGCUUGAAGAUACAGUUGGGAAAAAUAUCUUUGAAAAUAUUUGGAAAAAUUGUAGAAAACUUACAAAUAUUGAUUGUAUAAAUUGUGGAUUUACUUCAAAAAUUGGAGAUAGUAUUGGUAAUGCAAUUGGUUGUCAGAAAAAUCUUAAUGAAUUGCAUUUAGCUAAUAAUUUAUUUGGAGAUAAAGUUGGCAGAAAUAUAUUUCACAAUAUCAAGAAUAAUUGUGAAAUUAUUAAACUUUUAAGAGUUUUCAACUGUGGAUUUACUCACCAAAUUGGUAGUAUUAUUGGUGAUGCAAUAGGCAAACAAACAAGCCUACAAUUUCUUGAUAUAUCUGAAAAUUAUUUAGGAGAUUUUGUUGGAAAAUCAAUAUUUACAAAUAUUCGAUGGAAUUGUUCCAAAAUUUCAAAAUUUGGUUUGGGUAAAUGUGGAUUUACGGCAGAUAUUCAUAAUUCUCUUGCUACUGCAAUUGGCCAACAAUCUAACCUUAAAAGUUUACUUUUAUGGCAUAAUGAAAUUGGAGAUUUUAUUGGGAAAUAUAUUUUUCAAAUGAUAGAAAAAAAUUGUCAAAAAAUUUCUGACCUUAAACUAGAUAACUGUAGAUUUUCUUUUCAAAUCGGCAGUAUCAUUUCUAAUGCAAUUGGUCAACAAAAUGAACUUGAAACUUUGUCGCUUUGUAACAACGAUUUUAGAGAUGAUUUUGGUAAAAAUCUUUUUAAAAAAAUUUAUGAAAAUUGUCAAAAAAUCACAUGUUUAACUGUUGGAAAUUGUCAGUUUACUUCUAAAAUUGGAAAGAUUUUAUCAAAAGCAAUUUAUCAACAGAAAAAUUUAGAAAUAUUAGAUAUAAGUAACAAUAAAUUACAAGACAGUGCUGGAAGAGAAUUAUUGAAAAGUCUUGAGGAUAGCUGUACAAACCUUACUAAAUUAGAUAUAAGUAAUUGUGGAUUUACUUCAGCAAUUGGAUUGAUAUUAGGUGAUGCAAUCAGUCAACAAACUUCCCUAAUAUCGCUUACAAUAAAAAACAACCCUUUAGGGGAUAUUGUAGGGAAACAUCUCUUUUCAUCAAUAGCAAAGAACAAUAAUAGAAUUGAAUUAUUAAAUUUUAGUAAUUGUGAAUUUACAACAGAUGUUGGUUUUGUAAUGGCUAAGGCAAUUGGUUGUCUUAAAAAUUUGAAAAUAUUCAUAUGUCAGGAAAAUAACUUGGGAAAUUAUAUUGGAAAACAUCUAUUUAAGAAAAUCAAUGAAAAUUGUAGAAAUAUUGAAAAAAUUGAUUGUAAUACUUGUAACUUUACUUCUGCUCUUGGAAAUGUUGUUGGUGAUGCAAUAGGCAAGCAAACUUAUAUCAAAGAACUGUCAUUCUGGAACAAUCAAUUGGGAGAUGAUGUUGGUAGAAGUAUUUUUACAAAUAUUCAUAAAUAUUGCAGGAAUAUAAAAGUACUCAAUUUUGGAAAUUGUCAAUUUACAUCUGCAAUUGGUAACAUUAUUGGUGAUGCUAUUGGUGAACAAAGAGAUCUUAAUAAUUUAUACAUUUGGAACAAUGAUUUUGGAGAUGAUUUGGGAAAAUAUAUUUUCAAAAAUCUUCAAGAAAAUUGUUAUAAUUUAACAAAUUUAUAUAUUGGAUAUUGUGGAUUUACUUCAAAUUUGGGAAAUGUUAUUGGUGAGAUGAUAGGUCAACAAUACAAUCUACAAAGUUUGGUAAUGUGGGAAAAUUCAGUUGGAGAUCAUGUUGGAGAAGAAAUCUUCAACUGUAUAAAACAAAAUUGUAAUCAACUUUCAGUUAUUAAUUGCGAAUUGUGUAAUUUUACUUUUCAAAUUGGAAAUUGUAUUGGAGAAGCGAUUGCACAACAAAAGUAUCUUCAAAAUUUCAAUAUUGCUAAGAAUUUUCUACAAGAUGAUGUUGGAAGGAAUAUAUUUGAAAAUAUGAAAGAAAAUUGCUAUAAUAUAUCCAAACUUAUAUUUGAUCAUUGUGGAUUUACAACAGACAUUGGGUAUAUUUUAGGAGAUGCAAUUGGCCAACAAAGUAGACUUCAAGAAUUAACAUUCUCCAAUAAUCAAUUAGGGGAUACAGUUGGAAUUAAUCUGUUUCAUAGACUCAAGGAAAAUUGCUUCAGUAUCACAGUAUUGAAAUUUGAAAAUUGUGGAUUUACUGCAAAUAUUGGAGAUUUUUUAGGAGAUCUAAUUGGCCAACAGACCUACCUUAGCGUAUUGAAUAUUGCAAAUAAUCAAUUUGGAAAUGAUGUUGGAAAAUGUCUAUUUCAAAAUAUUAAAAAGUAUUGUAAAAAUAUUUGUGAAAUUCAAUGCAAUAAUUGUGGGUUUACCUCAAAAAUUGGAAAUAUCAUAUACGACGCAAUUGUUUGUCAAAAACAAUUGCAAUAUUUUCAUAUUUGGAAUCAUCAAUUUUUGUAUAGAAUUGAUCAUCAUCUAUCUACAGAUAUUUUGGUUAGGAAUAGAUUAGGAUAAUCAAAACAAACUCAUUAUUUCAUCAUCUCUAUAUCAAUAGAGAACCAUUACAUUUUUUGAUUAGUCAAAAUUGCUUGUAUUUGUCUUGGCUAAGGAGAAAUGAUACUAAAGAUAUUAUAAUACAUUUCCUACUAAUGAAAAAAAAAAUCUAGUGCUGGAUGAUUCUGUCUAUUUGUUGUUUAAUAGAAAAUGAUCAGUCGUCACAUUUUUUGGUGUUUGGAUUGAGUAACAAUUUUCAAAUAACCAAAUGUUUGCUCAUUGUAUACAUUGACAAGUUACGAAAACUAGUGUUCAAUGUUGAAGGUGUACAAAGCCAGUUCCAGCAGAGUUUGUUUCCAAUUGAUCUUUCCAAUACUUUGAUUAUGAAAACAUUUUUAAAUAUUAAGAAAAUAUAUUUUACUAUUGUCAUUUCCGGUUUGUUUAAUUAAUAGAAUAAUAGAAAUAGAGCUGAUUUGUUGAGUCAUGUUAAGGAUACUGGGAGUGGUAGUCAUUGUUUCAUCCUCUAUUAUUCAACAAAAAGGAAAUAUUUUCAUAAGAGUAAACAUGAACACAAUCAUAACAAAAGGAAAAAAGUCUUAUCUUUUCCCACUCCUUGGAUGUUUUUCCCACCCUUUAGGACGUUUUUUCCCAUACUCAAUAGGAGGAAGAUUUUGGCAAGUGAUUGCCAAUAAAGGUGACAGGAUUGGAAAAUAACUGUUAGACCAAUACAAAAUAUAGAAAAUAUACAAAAAAAAACAAAACAAAGACAAACUAUUCCAACUUCCUAGUUAUUGAAAAUAGAUAUACUUUUCAUAAUUUCCCGAAAAUGUAGUUUAUAUAGAGAAAUUUAAUCUUAAGUGAAUCUGUUUUGUCAUUUGUAAAAGAACAUAUGUAAUCUUUUAUUAAAGGUCAGCAUUUGGUGGAAAAACUUGAGGUUCUAUUUGUGUGAGUACUUUCGUUAAUUGGUAAAUGAUUGCAAACAACAAAUAUUGUGGUGAAGAGCCAGAAACCUUGACAAUUACAAUACAACAAUAUACACUAUGUAACAUACACAGGAAUAUACAAUAACAUUCAAUCCAAUUAUACUUCAAUUAGUUAUCUUAGAGGCUUUGUUUUUAGGAUAAAGUCCUUUUUAAACUAUCUUUCAGGUUUUCUCAAGAAGAUUUGUUUAAAUACAUUUUAGUAAUAAGGAAUGCUAAAAUAAUUUUCUAACAUAAAGUAUUGAAAUAAGGGACCUUGACCUUACUGUAUUUGAGGAAGAAAACAGAUAUAUAUUUUUCAUAGACUUAAUGUAACUAAAAUAUUCAGAUUUACAUGAUAAUACUCUUUGUUUUAAAACCAAGACAGUACCAUUAAGGUCAAGGUCAUUUUUAACACUGUUUUUGGAACAAACUGUCAUAAAAAAAUAAAAUUAAACAUA